AUGGAGCCAUUUAACACCUCAUACUCCAACCAGACGGAACCCUUUACACCGGCAUCAUGGCGAGCAGCCUUCCUGAUCGCCACGCUGGGCAUCGGGCUGCCAGCCAACGCCUUCAUCAUCUGGCUGACAGGGUGGCGGCUGCGGCGCCGGGGCCUGUCCGUCUUCAUCCUAAGCCUGGCCACGUCUGACUUCCUCUUCCUCUCCACCACGGUCAUGCAGAUCAUGGAGACCUUGCUGGACGACAACUGGGUGCUGGGCACCCCCAUGUGCCGCCUGCGCUACUUCCUCUACGACUUGAGCUACCACUGCAGCCUCUUCCUGCUGGCUGCCCUCAGCGUGGACCGCUGCCUGCUGGUGCUGCUGCCCCUCUGGUACCGCUGCCACCGCCCCCUGCGGCUCUCCAGCUACAUCUGCUUGGGGGCCUGGCUGGUGGCCGCCCUGCUCAACAUCAAGGGCAUCGUCUUCGCCGACGUCAUCCGGUAUCCAGACGGGAUGCUCGUCUGCUCCAGCGACCGGGGCAAAUACGAGUGGCCCCUGCGCCUGCUGGAGGUGCUGGUGGAGGGACUCUUCCCCUUCGUUGUCAUGGUGACCACCCAUGCCGCCACCUUGUCCCGCACCUUCCGGCGCCACACCCGGCCCCCCAGCAAGUUCUACCGCAUUGUGGCCGCCACCCUGUCAGCCUAUGUGCUGCUCAACCUCCCCUUCCAGAUUGUCCAGCUGCUCUUCCUGGUCUCCUGGGAGCAUGAGGAGUUCAACAAUCGCAUCUUCCCCUUCAUGGUCUACUUUAGCUACCUGAUCAACCUCAACAGCAGCAUCAACCCUCUCAUCUACAUCUUCUUCGGCUCCAACAUCUGCACGGGCUGCGGCCGCCACACAACCUCCUCCCUUGCCACGGCCCUCACCGAGGAGCAAGGGAAGAGCCCUGGGAACACGCCCAGCACGUCCUUCUCAGCCUAGCCUUGCCAACAAGACCCUGCUCUCCUCUCCCUCCAUGGCCCAGCCUCUGCUCUGGCACAGCUCCAGUUACCAGUCGAGUGAUCACUGGCUCCCCUCACAGGGCCUGGCCACA